ACGUAUUUACACAAAAGAGACCACAAAGUAAGGGAAAAAUAUAAAGAUGGGGAACUGUAUAGUAGCGGAGAAGAAAGUGAUAAAAAUUAUGAGAAAUGAUGGAGAAGUAGUUGAAUACAGAGGUCCCAUGCAUGUUCAUGACAUCCUCACCCAGUUCUCUGGUCACUACUCUCUCUUUGAUUCUCUGUCCAACAAUUGUCAUCUUCAUCCACAAGCUAAGCUUCUCUGUGGCCGUUUCUACUAUCUCAUGCCAAAGCAGAAUACCACAGUCAAGCAUAAGAAGACAAAGAAGAAAGUCAGGUUUGCAAUUCCAGAGGUAGAGAAACAAGGAGAUGGAUUAACAGAUUGUGGUGACAACACCAAGGAGAAGAGUCCUGGUGUUGUGAGAGUGAAGAUGGUUGUGAGUAAGCAAGAGCUCGAGAAGCUGAUUCAAGGAGGUUCAGUUCACGAAAUGGUCUAUAGAAGUCUUGCUGAGCAACAUCUGUGCCAUGAUGAUGAUGCUGCUGAUGAGGGUCUUAGAGGCUGGAGACCUUUGUUAGAUAGUAUUCCUGAAACUCAUUAGCCUAUUACAUGUCCAUAUCUUACAUAUAUAUAUGACACAUACAUAGAUAUAUACAUAGAGAUUCCUUGACUGCUGAUGUCCUAACCCUUAUGAUAUUAGAGAUUGAAUCUUCUUAUUUUGGAACGUGAUUAAAUCCAAUCAAAUAGCUUAUAUUAGUAUGAUAUAUUCAGCAUUUCCUUCACAAGGAAUCUGUUAUUGCCUUGAGGGAUCAGGGAUUGCUGGUAAAACUGAUUACAAUUUUAUGCGCAGCUGAGAUCAACACUGUUGGCCAAUAAUAUUAUUGGCUUUGAUAUGCGGAGUCUUAAGCUUGUUAAAAAACAUUUACUAAUGCAUAAUAAUUACCAUUACGAUACUACUAUAAUAAGUGGCUUGUUCAGAGAUAUACAGUCCCUUUUCAAUACUAUUAACAUAAACUAUUUUUCAGUACUAAGAAGUUUAUAUUUACGUUAGGAACCGAACUAAUCAGAAAAUACUGCUUAUUUACCUACUUUUGUCUUGUCCCUCUCACCACCACCACCGUUGCUCUCAUCAAGCCCUGCUCCAGACGCAUUCUUUUUCAGUAAAGUCCAGAAGGUUUCAAUCCAUCUUAUCAAGGGACCAGACUAGGAGUUUCCUUCUUCUGCUGAGAAGAUGUAUUGAAGUAUGACGCUUUUCCGAGUUCUUGAUGGUCGUUGAAACUGCCAGUUUCUUCGCCAUCGAGAAACCAAAACCUUCCUUUG